AUGAAUGGACAGAGAAGGGAAGAUAUGGUAACAGUGGCAAUAGACAAGGACAAAGGGAGCCAGUAUGCUUUGAAAUGGGCUGUUGAUCAUCUUCUUGGCAAGGGCAAAAUCGUCACCCUUCUCCAUGUCAAACAAAGACCUUCUUCCAUUCCCACAUCAAUGGGAAACCAUGUUGCCCUCUCUGAUGUUAGCGACGAAGUGGCAAAAGCAUAUAAAGAUCAAGUUGAUAAUCAAGCCAAAGAGUUAUUCCUUCCCUUUCGCUGCUUUUGCACUCGUAAGGAUAUACAAGUUAACGAAGUCCUGCUUGAAGACAUGGAUGUAGCGAAGGCCAUAUGCGAAUAUGUAAAAGUCUCUUUGAUUGAGAAUUUGGUAGUUGGUGCCACCUCAAGGAAUGGCUUUGUCAGAACAUUCAAGACUAUAGAUGUUCCCGGCAGUAUUUCAAAAGGGGCACCUGAGUUCUGCACAGUACAUGUCAUCUCCAAAGGAAAAAUAGCAUCAGUACGGUCUGCCUCCAUUCCAGUUCCAAACCAACCUACCGUUGGCCUAUUGCAGAAGCAACUCAACCCCAUUCCCAGUCAAACUGAUGUGGGUCUCAUGCAAGGCAACACCGCAAGAGGUCUGCUUCUCUUAUCCUUUCAGCAAACUAGUUUCCACCUUUGGAUUUGUAUCAUUGCUAAAAAAAGCUUCUCUGAUCCCAUUUCAGCAGCUGGAGCACCUGAGAGGGCACCAUUGGCUUAUCGUAACCUAAACGAUGACAUGGAGAUCAAGUAA